AUUUGCCAUUGUUGUCAUUUAGUGUUUGUAUCUAAUUACUAAUUUACUCUUAAAAAUUUAAUAUUAUGUGUAUAAUACUUACAUGAAGGACUAAUAUAAUAAAUAGUUCAGAUAUUAAUAUGAGUUCGCACAGGAAAAAGAAAUAUAGUGAAUCUUCUAGUGACUCUUCCAAUUAUUCAUCAUCAUCAUCAUCUGAAGAAAUAAGUAAGAAACACAAAAAACAUAAGCACCACUCAGAUGAUAGUGAUAGUGACCAUAUAUCUAAGAAGAGGUAUCAAGAUUCUUCAGAUGAUUCAGAACCUCACAACACAAGUUCUAAAAAAUCAACAAAUAAGACAAAGAGAGAAGGAGACUCUAAUUUAAGGAAAGAAGAAUCUAGUAGUGGUAGUAGGGUUUACGAAAAUCACACUAAACAGAACUGGGACAAAAAAGAGUCUCAUUCAAAGGAUAAAUAUGACAGGAGGGUAUAUGAUAGCAAAGAUAAACAAAAUCAGAAUAAAAGGGAUGCUAGGGAUUAUAACAGAGAUAAAUAUGAUAGUAAAAGUUAUAAUAGAGAUAGAUAUGAUGAUAGAGAUAGGUCUAGGUAUAAAGAUAGGUAUGAUCACAAAGGUAGACAGGAAUCGAGAAGUCGAAGCGAGGAACGAGAAAAAAAUAAACAAUUUGAUAAUAGAAGAGAUCAAGGAAAUGACAGGAACAAAAGGAGAGACGGUUUUAGACGAAGGCGAAGUGGCUCUUUUGACCAUGCCAAUGCCAAAUGGGGCAAACCCGAAGAUGAAUCCAAACAGAAAAAAGAACCCCAACAGAAAGACAAGCCGAAUUUUGGCUUAUCCGGAAAACUUACGGAAGAAACAAAUACCUAUAAAGGUGUAGUCAUUAAAUACAGUGAACCACCAGAAGCAAGGAAGCCAAGGAGAAGAUGGCGGUUAUAUCCUUUUAAGGGGGAAAAAGCGUUGCAAGUAUUGUACAUUCAUAGAGAGAGUGCAUAUCUUAUUGGCAGAGAAAGAAAAGUUGUGGAUUUACCUGUUGAUCAUCCGUCUUGUUCCAAGCAGCAUGCAGCUCUUCAGUAUAGAUUAGUGCCUUUUACUAGGGAAAAUGGAAGUGCAGGAAAGAGGGUAAGACCUUAUUUAAUUGACCUAGAAUCAGCCAAUGGAACUUACAUAAAUGAUAAAAAAAUGGACCCAAAAAAAUACUACGAACUUUUCGAAAAAGAUGUCAUAAAGUUCGGCUUUAGUUCAAGAGAAUAUGUUCUUCUACAUGAAAACAGUAAAGAUGAUGCACUAGAUGAUGACGUAAAAAUGGAAGAGGAAGAUCAGGUGGAGGUGAAGGUUAAAAAAGAAGUUAAGACAGAACCUUGAAAUAUUUAUUUGUAAGUACUGGUUAGUAUAUAAUAAAUGUUUUUAACAU